CAGGAUGCGCGGCGCGACGGGGUCUUUGCUGGGCUGUCCUCGGGCCUCGUCAGUGCCAUCCUCGGCUCAAAACUCUUCCGUCUCAACAGAAACGCCACGAUCCUAUGCGGCGUAGCAACCGGUGUCAUUUCCGGAUAUCAGUUUACGCAGGGCUUCCUGCUCGCAAACAUAGCCCGCCUUGAACAAGAAAAGGCUAGGCUUGACAAGCAGGCGGCUGAGCAAGACCCCACAACGGCCCUCUGA